AUGAGUAGCAAAUUUCUAGGCACCUGGAAACUUGUCUCCAGUGAGCACUUUGAUGACUACAUGAAGGCUUUGGGUGUGGGGUUAGCCAACAGAAAACUGGGAAAUUUGGCCAAGCCCACUGUGACCAUCAGCAGGAAGGGGGAUUAUAUGACGAUAAGAACAGAAAGCGCCUUCAAAAACACAGAGAUCUCCUUCAAGCUGGGCCAGGAGUUUGAAGAAACCACAGCCGACAACAGAAAAACCAAGAGCAUCGUGACGCUGGAGAGGGGAGCCCUGCGACAAGUGCAGAGAUGGGACGGUAAAGAAACAACCAUAAAGAGGAAGCUGCUGGACGGGAAAAUGGUCGUGGAAUGCAUGAUGAAGGGUGUGGUCUGCACCAGAAUUUACGAGAAGGUCUGA